AGAACGUAUUGGGAAUUGAAAUGAUGAGCAAUCCGCAAUUGCUUGCGUUACCUUGACAGGGGGAUAUCUAUACAUUAUGGCUAAAUACAAUAAGGAUGAGCGUUGGUAAAAGGAAGUUCACACAACACAUCAUACCCAACCCCCAACCCUUUAAACUCAAAGAUGGUUCAUCAGUGGGAAAUAAUGAGCUCGCUGAACAGAUGGUUUGAACUUAUGCUAUUAAUAAACUGGUUUAUUUUAGUGGUGUUCAUCUAUUUCUAUGCCGAUUGACUACGAGGAAUAUGUUACAAAAAAUAAGGCACUCAUUGUUAAUGACCCAUACCGGGAAACAGUACUUUUUCCUCAAGACGAUUUGAAGGUGGUCAAAAUUCCUCAUAUUCAUCGAACGUUGAGCAGUGUUGUUCCCGAGGCUGCACUUAAACAUGAUUUAUUUACUUCAAAUGCAUUGGCACGCCAUGCGGUAUCAUUUUUUGCUACAACUGAAUGGACCUAUAUUCAACAAAUAUCUUCCAUUUAUCGCGGAAAUUUUCUCGCGCUUCCGUUCAAGAAUGAUAUUGAUGAGUUAGGCGGAACAUUAUCCCAAUAUUGGUUUUCAAUUGAUCAGUCAUUCUCCAAUAAAGACAGUCCCAAUCAUAUUUUAGAUUCAGAUUAUCUAUCAACUAACACUGGCUCAAAAAUAAGAUCAGCUACAGGAUUUCAAGUUCGUAGUCGUCGGUCAGCUACAAGUGGCCUAAUAAGAACUGGUCAAAGUGUUUCCGAAACAGCUACUUCUAGUUCAGAUAACCGGUUUGCAGGAAAUUUUCAACCUAAAGAUAAUUUAAAAUUAGAGAGAAUCAACUCAGACACCAGUUUAACAAAACGUGGCAGUAAAUCAAAAGAUAUAGGACAGACUGACGAAGAAUCAAUCAAUGAUAUUACUACGAAUUUGAGUUUUAGUGGGAAACAGUUUGAAAAUGUAAAGUUUUCAUCCACCUAUUUAGAAUGUCAACUUAUGUUAUGUAAUCGUGAGAAAUAUCAAGAUUAUAUACGUAUUCUAGAAGCAUUCCUAUCUUCUGGUGUAGAUAAAAAUGUUAAUCAAACAAAAUUAUUAUUUAAAAAUAAUGAAACAAAAUAUUAUUGUUUAAGACAAAUACAAAUAGAAGAAUUAUCUGAAAGUGAUAGACAAAAAACUUCAUUGGAAUCUACUGGGAGAAUUCGAAAUUUAUCCGUUGGUUUACAUGUUAUAGCACCUUGUGAUUGGCGUGCAUCCAAAGUGUACUCAUCAUCUUAUGAGAAUGAAAAUAUUAUAUAUUUGGAUACAAUUGAAUCGGCACGCUCAAUUGGUGAUUAUUGGAUUCGGCUGGAAAGAUUAUUACCAUCAUCAACAUCAUCAUUGUCACCGGUGCCAUCGUGUACACCAACAUUAAAUUCUAUCCAACCAUCAUCCAAUCAAUCAUCAACACCUAAUAAUUCUCUAUUAAAUGACGAAAUAUUUAUUUAUUUCGAUCCUGGAAUGAGUGAUGUAUUGGAGAAACGACAACUAUGGUUGAAUGCAAUAGAGUUAGCUCUAAAAUUGGAACAUUGUAGACGACGUAUGGGUUAUCAUCAUCAGUCAAAUGCACAUUUUCACGAGAAUUCAAACUCCACUGGUAGUAACAAACUUGAUUUAUUCAACAAAUCUAACGAUACAGAUUCAGUACGCAGUGCCUUACAACGGUAUGCUCAAGAAACAGAAUUGUUUGUAAUACGUCAACGUCAAAAAGAUCGAAUCAAAUUAAUUACACUAUUUCCAGAAGUUAGAAUACAACAACAUAAUAUUAAAAUGUAUUCAUCAUACGAAAAUAGUAAUAUAAUAAUGAACAAUUUGAAAGAUUCAUUUUCACCAUUUCCUGAACGUACAAUUGAAUUAUGUAGUCGACGAUAUUUAGCUACAUGUUUAUGUUUACAUUCAAAAAUUCAAGCUAAUUUGGAAAUUUCAGGGAAUUCAUCAUCUUCCUAUUUAGAUAAUCCAGAACCAUAUUUUGUUACUAUUUUCCUUGUGGAUAUCAAUGAUGGACGUCGUGUUAGUGAAGAUUUCUACUGGAAUCCUAAUUCAUCAAUAAUCGAUUCUAUGUUACCAACAGAUCAAUUCAAAAAUUUACCAUGGUUUUCAUCUAAUAAUCAAUAUUUUGAAACAACCAAUGAUAAUCAUAAUUCAACAUCUAGUCAACCAAAUAUUAUUUCAUCACCUAAUCGAACAACACGUAGACAUGCUCCACCACCGCCAUAUCAUAAUCUUAUCUCUCCAUAUGGAACACGGAGUUCUAUUUCAUCGGAUUGUUUGUAUAAAUGUCGUACAGCAUUAUUUUCAAUUCCAUCAUGUUAUCAUGUCAAUAAUUUGUAUCUAGUUGUACGAGUGGAUAAAGUACUUAGUGGACCAAUGAAUACAGUAAUUGAUAAAUACUUGAAAAAUACUAAUACUACUACUACUACUAAUAGUAAUGAUAAUAUUAAAACUGGUUCAAGUAUACAAAAAUCAAUGGUGAAUUAUUGUCGUAAUAUUGGUCGUUAUCGUAUGCCAUUUGCAUGGGGUACAAGACCUUUAAAUAGUACAAAUCGUUUUAUUCAUUUAUUCAAAAUGGAUUCUAAUAAAAUAUCUGAACAAGGAUUAAUUCAAUCAGUACAAAUGUUAUCACAUUUAUUCAUUGAUAAUAAUAAUAAUAAUAAUAAUAAUAAUAAUAAUAAUAAUAAUCUAUUACUUACAUAUCAUGAUCGAUAUACAGAUAUAACAAGUACUACUAAUACUACUACUACUAAUAAUGAUAAUAGUAGUAUAAAUGAAAGUAAUCAUAAUUAUAUUCCAGAAUCUAUCAAUCAAAUGUUAAAAAUAGAUUCAAAUAAAUCAAAAUUAUCAAAAUUUAUUAAUAAUAAUAGUAAUACUAAUAAUAACAGUUCUAUACUAAAAGAUGUUACAACUUAUUUAACCGAACAAGAUCGACUCUUUGUUGAAGCGAUUGAACGUUCACUUAAAACACAAAUGUUACCUUUUCAAUUUGAAUUAGUUAUUAGUGAACUGAUUGAUCAUGAUAUUGAUCCUAAUGCAAAAAUUUUAUCACGAGUUAUAAAUUCAAAUCUGGAAACAUAUACACCAAUCGUAGAUGUAACAGCUAAUAAUUUUCACAAUUUCUAUAUACCAUCAACACAUCCACCGCUUAUGUCAGAUGAAAUUAUACGUGAAGUUGAAAAUCUAUUUGAUUUUUAUUUAACUAUAUCAGGAAUAGCUUAUAAUGAUGAUAAUGGAAUGAAUAAUCCAGAUGAUUCUAAUACUCCUUCUCGUACUGGAAGUCUUCAAAGAGGUAGUUAUCGAAUGAAUUCACUUAGUAACAAAAAUAAUAAUAAUAGAGAUUCUAUUCUAUCAAAUGGUAGUGUAAGUAGUACAACUGGUUCACUUAUUGCUACCAAUGAUUUACCAAAAUUAUUCAAUAAUACAUUACAAAAUCGUUCGAAUUCACUUGAUCAAUCUGUUAUUCAACUUGAACAUGGGACAAGUGUACAAUGUUCAACAAUAAAAUUAUUACCAUUCACUUCAUUUUUUAAUACAUUAUAUGUAUCCCCAAAGUCUUUGAAUAUGUCAGGGAAACACAAUUUUCCAAGGGCUCGAAAUUUAUCAUGUUUCAUUGAAUUACGAAGUAAUGACAAUUUGGAUAAUUCCACUGCAUUAAAGGUGUUUUACACUCGUCCAAGUAUUCGUCAACCAAUAUUUGAUUCAUGGUUUAAUACUGCCGUAAUAUAUCAUGAUAAUUAUCCAAAUUUCAGUGAACAAGCUAAAAUUUGUUUACCGCUAAAUUUAACUUCAAAACAUCAUUUAUUAUUUCGUUUUUAUCAUGUAAGCUGUGAGACAGCUUCAACAAAUUUAUUAACUUCUAAAGAGAAAUCUAACAACAGUAGUAGUAUUAGUAGUAGUAAUACUACUACUAAUAAUAAAAAACCUGUUGAAUCAAGUACAGGCUAUUCAUGGAUUCCAAUACUUGGAACAGAUGGAAAUUUAAAUGUUGGAACAUUUCAACUUCGUAUUGCAUCAACUAUUCAUCCGGGUUAUUUACAACAAUCAACUGUACAAAACUUUCGUCAUUCAAAUCUAAAUGAUACCAGUAGUGGAAUUAGCCUACCAUUCAAUAUUGGUAAUUCAUAUUCUACAAAUAAUAACAAUAAUGGUAAUUCCAUUGAUUUCACUUGGAUUGAUAAUGGGAAAUAUUUAUUUAAAGUUGAUUUGAAACCUUUAUCAUCUAUCUAUACACAUGAUUCAGUAUUAUCAAAAUUCUUUCGUGUUUGUAGUGAUCUACUACCAAGGAUGUUGUAUUUAUCGUCUACAAAAACAAAUUAUACAGAUAAACAAAAGCAAAAUCAUGUUACGUUUCGUGAUGAUACUGUUGUAAUACAAUCUAAUAAUCUUGAUUUAUCAUCAUCUUCAAAACGUAUCAGCGUUACAGGUGGCAAUAGUUCUAGUAACAGUAUCUUACACAAUGCCACAUCCAUUCAUUUACACUUAUGUAAUGCUAUGAAAGCAUUAUUAUUAAUUAGUCCAACUGGAUUAGUACAAUUUCUACCAAUUAUUCUUAAUCAAUUCAUGGAGAUUAUUAUUCUUAGUGCUGAAACAAGUGCAAAAUGGUUUCAACAACAACAACAACAGCAGCAGCAAACACCUCAGCUAUCAGAUUCAAUGAACAAAGAUUUUAAUAGUACCGCGAAUACUUCGGAAUAUUUAUGGUUUAAAAGUCUAAAAAGUAAUUAUAAUUCUAUGAUGACGAGUACAAAUACAACAAAUUAUACUACUACUACUACUACUAUUACUACUAGUAAUAAUAGUACACCGGAUGAUGUAUUGAAAACAGCUAUUAGUACAUUAGCUAUGCUUGUUUCUGAAUUGAAUGCACAAAUUCCAAAUGAUAGUUUUUAUUAUCCAAUCAAGUCAACAAAUGAUACGAAUUGUCUAGAUGGUGCAGUUGAUUCAAGCAUAUCAAGUGGUGAACGUGUAAAACACAAUUUGUUGAAAACUUAUGUGGAGUUUGUAUUCAAUCCGGAUCACUUAUUAACAACAUGUAUCAAUCAUUAUUUAAAUGAAAAUCAACCAAUCAAUAGUGAUUCUACAAAAGAAGAAGGUAUACAACUAAAUAAAAAAUUAAACCUUCCACCUCCUCCAUCAACAUCAUCAUCACCAUCUACAACAAGAAGACCUAAUAAACUAUCCAUAUCACAAUCUAUCAUUAAUCAAUAUUUCCCUUUAUCAUCACUUCAUCAUUCUAUUAUACGUGGUUUAAUUCUACUCUUGUCCGAUACUCAUUGUCCAAAUAAUAUUAUAAUACAUUUAUUCAAUAAUAUUUGGUUCUUAUUAGCACUGAUAGUUAAAUCAAUGACACAAUAUUUAUGUAUUAGUAAGAAAAUAUGGGCUGAACGAUCAGGUGAAUCACGUUUUUCAUCAUUAUUCUGUGAAGAUUUAACUGUAUUUAUUCAAUUAAUUGGAUCACGUUUAUUAUCUACAUUAAUUGGUACUAUAAAAACCACAUCAAUAAUAACAUGUAAUCAAUCGAAUAAAACUGAUGAAUUGGAUGCUACUAUUCAUAAUCAAGUUAUUACAUCAUCAUUUAAUGAAUCUAUAACAAAAAUGGAACCGUUAAACUCUUUACAAACAAAUAAAUAUAUGAAUCAAUCAUUAACACGAAAAAGUUCACCACAUUCUGAAUCUGUACCAUUUAAACAAUAUUCUAACAAUGUAAAAUCUAAUAAUCCAUAUCAUACUACUAAUAAUGUAACUGAUUUCAGUGGAGUUGAUGUUAUCUCAGCAAUUGGACAAUUUUUAGGUCAAUUAUUUAAUUUAAUGGAUAGAGGUUAUAUUUUUAAACGUAUUCGUGAUUUAUUAAUGUUCCUUGAAAUAUCACCAAGAAUGUCCGCUGAUAAAAUUGAUCAAUUAAAUGAAUUACGAUUUGAAUUAUUACGUUGUAUUUGUGAACAUGAACAUUUUAUCCCAUUGAAUCUACCUAUGCUAAAUAUAUCCGAUGGUUUAACUGAACAAUAUUCUGUUAGCAGACUGUGUACUGUUAAUAUUGAACAUAGUCAAGAUGUUGGUCUUGAAUUAUCAUUAACUGAUCAAUUUUGUCAACAACAUUUUCCAAUUGGAAUUUUAUUGAAUCAACUUAGUUGUUUAUUAUCUGGUUGUAUAAAUACUGGAAGUUGGGCAAUACUCAAAUCAACAUCAAGUCAACAUUAUAAACAACCUAUUACAAUAUUACGUAAUCUAUUAAUUAAACAUACAUUAGAUCCUCGUUAUUGUAAUUCUAAAAUAAUUCAAGCUAGAAUUUGUUCAUUAUAUCUUCCAUUGAUUCGUUUAGUAUUAGAUCAUUGGGAUUCGUUUGGACCUCCAGGUGGUGCUCUACAAACAGCUGUUAUCGCAGCUGCAGUACGUCGAGAUUAUGAAGAAUCUCUACAACUGAUUGAUGGCCAUAGUAAUUCUGGUACAUUGAAUACAUCUCGUCGUCAACAUUCCAUUGAUAAAUCAAAUAAAUUAAAUAAAUCCAAUGUUUCAGGUAAUAUAACUAGUCAUAUUAACAGUAGAUCACAUUAUCGUCCACAAAGUAUGCUCAGUGAUUAUUCCUUAGAAACAAUUAAUAAUAACAAUAAUUCACGGCAACAACAACAGAACACAACGAAUUCAGAUAAUGGAUCAUAUGAUUCUUAUUUAUCCAUAACUAGCAAUAGUCAUUCAUUUUCACAGAUUGGCGGUAGUGGUAGAAAAUCUUCACUUUCAAGUGAUCAAAGUGAUGGUCGAUCAACAAACAGCGGUUCCGCAUCUGGUGCAUCUACUACUCCUAAUACUGCUUAUUUAACUAAAGAUGGUAAAGUACAAAAGCAUAUAUUAGAUCAAAUUGCUGGAGUUAAUCAAGGUGGCGCUCUUCAACGUGUACAAAGAAUACGUCAACAGCAGGACAUAUCAUCUAUAUCAGCACCAUCAACAACAAUUACCAUGUCUUCCAUCGAACCUAAUGCACCAUCGAUUAUAUCUAAUCAUUGUCCACGUUCUCAUUCAAUUCAUUCUGUGGAUAGUGUACAAAGUGGGAAUUGUAUUUUAUCGAGUCAUACAAGUAGUAGUACACUGACAUUAACUGGUGUCGAAGUGGAUAAUAAUAAUAAUCAUAUAAAUGGCCCAAAUGGAGGUAAUCAUAUCGAUGAGAAUUAUGGCAAUAAUAACUUAACAAGUGAUUGCAAGAAUGAUGAAAUCAAACAGAAUCAUAAUGAACUAAAUUACGAUCAAGAUUGGGCAAAACAAGUUCUUACAUUAGCUGGUAUUUAUACAGAUCGUGUUAAUGAUAUGAAAUCAAUGAGUUCACAAUCUGUUAUAUCCAAUCCUUCUACUAUUGGAAUUCCUUUAGAAAUGAAUGUUUCAGAGAUGGAUUCCGACAAUGUUCAUCAACCUCCUCAUUAUCAUAAUCAUCUUCCAUUUCAUCAUAAUAUUCGAUCUAAUCUACAUAAGGUAUUUAUACCUGAAUUAUUAUUAACUAAACAACCUGUUAUACGUCCACAUAUUCAUCGUCGUCCAUGUGAACAAAAUAAUAUAGAUGCACCACGUCGUUUAACUGAUAAUUGUCAACGUGAUUUAUAUAUAUGUAUAUUACAUAUUAUGUCUACUAUAACAGUAGUACAUUUAAAAUGUCUAUUACAAAGUUUUACAAUACAAGAAAGGUUACAUUUUUUGAAUAUAUUAAAAUUUUCAAUUCAACAUCUACGUUAUCGUGGUAAACAUUGUAUUCAACAAUACGAACACAUAAGUCAAAGUAGUGUUGGACGGACUGCUGGUAAUGGCCAUCUCCUUCAUAUUAGCAAUGCACUAGCUAAUAAUGCUGCUGCUCGUAAAAAGAGUAAAAGUAUACAAAGUGAUCUGUUAACUAAAAACUUAAAUGAACUAACCCCUGAAAAAGGGCAGAAAAAUAUACCAAAAACGAAAGUUUUAUUAAAAGCGAAUUUGGCAACUGAAUCAAGCUUGAUCAUCUUAGAUUUAUUGAGUACGUUUACAACAGUUUUUAAGUCAGAGUUGAAUACAUGUAAGCCUAAUGAUCCGGUGUUUCGUUCAUUACUUGAAACGUAUAUUUUCAUUCUAUCUAAUAAUCCAUCUGAUCAUGUCAUACGACAUACAUUUUCUGCAUUACGUGUAUUUAUUAAUCAACAUUCACAGACUCUCUUCUCUGAAUCAACUGAUAUUCUAAGUAUGCUUUGUUUAGCUGGUUUAAAAUGUUCUAAUCAAUGUUUUCUUUCGUUAUCAUCGGCUAUCUCUUCUCAAUCAUUAUCAUCUUCAUCAAUACCAACAACAACCACAUGUAUUAUCUCUAAUUCCACUGAUUCCAAUACUAAUGCUCAAUUGGAUAAAAGUUCUCAAACAUCAUUUCUGAAUAAUAAUAAUAAUAACAAUAAUAUGAGCACACCGUCAUUCGACACAGCAGCACAUAUAAAGUAUAAACCUCCAAUACUAUCUAGAUUGAAAAAUGCUGAAAUGAAUGAUACAAAUCAGAUUACAUCAAAUACUACUCAUUUAAAUCAUAAUAAUGAUUAUGAUAUUAAUAAUACUAAUGUAAAUAAUCAAGCAUUAAUAAGUAGACUUUGUUUAGAUGCAUGCGGUUUUUUAUAUCGUUUAUGGAAGUGUAGUUUUGAAACACAUCAACAAGUUGGAUUUCAUCGUGUACAUUUACAGACAAUUAUUGCUAUAUCAAAACUUGUGAGUGAACUAAGUCCUGGUUUUGAAGCAAGUUUAAGUCUUUUGCAUAGUUUAGCACAAACUGAUAUGCAAAGAAUUACAGAAUCAACUUUGACAAAAUCAAUAACUACAACAGUAACAACGUUAUCAUCAUCAUCAUCAUCAUCACCAAAUGCAUAUGGAAAGUUGUUUUGGACUGAUACAAAUAUUCGCUUAUUCUUAGAUGAUAUUGAUGAUUUAAUUCAUCGUAUAUUAACUGUAUUAACUGCUACUGCUGAAAUACGUCGACAUUGUGAUGAUCCUGAACGUAUAGUUGACUUACAAUAUGCACUAGCUAAAUCGUACAGUAGUAAUCCAACAUUAAGACGUACAUGGUUAGAAGAAUUAGUGAAAUUACAUAUGGAUUCAAGAAGUUUCACAGAAUUAGCUAUGACUAAAUUACAUAUUGCUGCAUUAAUGGCUGAAUAUUUAAAACGAAGAGGUAUUUUAGAUUGUGAAUUUCCUCAAGGAUGUAAUGCAUUUAAAACAAUUUCAUCAAAUAUUUAUAUAGAAGAAAAUGGAUUAAAACCAGAUUCUACAAUCUUAGAAAUUUCUUAUACACAAGAAGAUUUAUUGACAGAUCUUAAUGAAGCUGCAUUGGCUUUAGAAUCAGCUGGAUUAUUUGAGUGUAUACGACCGGUUUAUGAUUUAAUUUUACCAGUAUAUGAGUCUAAAUGUCAAUAUAAUAAUCUAGCUCAAAUCUAUCAUCAUAUUGGUCGAACUUAUGAAGCAAUAAAUCGAGUUGAAUCAUAUGGUCAUCGAUUACUUGCAGCAUAUUAUCGUGUUACAUUUCAUGGUCAAUUAUUUGAAUCAAUGGCUGGUAAAUCAUUUAUUUAUCGUUCAAAUCCAUGUCAAAAAUUAAAUGAAAAAUGUGAUGAAUUACUGCAAUUAUAUCGUCAUAAAUAUGGUGAACAAUCAGUGGAAUUAUUAACGGAUAAUUUUAUUAACCGAUCAAUAUUAGAUCCAAUGAAAGCUUAUGUUCAGAUUACUUAUGUUGAACCAUAUAAAGAAAUAAAAGAUUCUGAUAAAAAACCAUUAAGAUCUUAUGAAAAACAUCAUGAUGUACGACAAUUUAUGUUUGAAUCACCAUUUCUAAGACAACCAGGUUUAUCCACAGAAGAAUGCCUAUUAGCACCAGGUCCAAAACAAAGCGAUGAUUUAACUAUCCAAUGGAAACGUCGUACAAUAUUAACUACCGAAGCAACAUUCCCGCAUAUACGUCGUCGACUUGAAAUAAUACAAGUAACAGAGAUUGAUUUCACUCCAAUUGAUUCAGCGAUAGAUGCUAUUCAAUGUAAAAAUCAAGAAUUAAUGAAUCAUUUAAUAACUCUACGUAAUAAUAUGGCAACUUGUCAACAUUCAGUUAAUCCAACUUUAAAUGAAGAUAAACGUGUCUCCAUCAAUAUGAUUACAAAUUGUUCAAAUAUUCAUAACAUCACAACAACUACUACUACUAAUACUAUAAAUAGUAGUAAUAGUAAUAGUAAUGUGAACAACUCAAAAACAUCUACUUAUAAAAUACCUUUAUUAAUGGAUAUGCAAUUACAAGGUGCAUUAUUACCUACAGUUAAUGCUGGUCCAAUGGCAUAUGCUCAAGCAUUUUUAAAAGUAGAAAAUCAAUCACUUUAUCCUAUAACUAAAGUUAAUCAAUUGAAGGAGUUGUUUUUUGAUUUCUUAUCAACUUGUCUAGUACUACUUACAUAUUAUUACAAUUUAAUGUCAAAUAUACAUGAAGCAAAAUAUCGUGCUAUGCGUGAAGCAUUAGAUCGUUAUCGUGUUGAUUUAAGUAAUUUAUUAAAAGAAGAAAUUAUUGUUGAUGAAAAAGAAUUAAGAAUUGGACCGAAAUCAUCAUCAUCAACAGCAACAACAACAACAACAACAACAUCCUCUUCAUCUACAACAAAUCAAAUUCAUUGA